AGAUAGUGCACAUCGAAUACAAAGAAUGGGAGGAAGAAUACAUGGGUUUCUAGGUGGUUUGCUUUUAACCUCGUCCAUUACUUACUCGACAGCAUUGGAACUACGUAAGAAUUCGAAAUUCAUAUCAAGAUCAUUGGAGGAAUCAAGGAUAAUUAUAGAUGAGCGCCAUACUCCUAAACCUCCAUUACGAAGGACAAUAGACUAUACCAACAGACCCAGCUGGAUUGAGACUGCAAAGGAUAUCUGGAAUGACGAGAUCAUAACUGGUGUUAAUUGGCUUUAUUCAAUCAAUUGGGUAAGAUUAGGUGAAAAAGCUGAAAGGUCUCUUAACAAGGUAUUUAAUGUUGCCAAAGAGUCUUCAGAGAAUUUAAGUAAAUAAAGAGAUUAUGAAAAAUAAAAAAUAAAAAAAAACGAAGAAAGAAUAACGAUCGUUUUUAUUGGUUGUUUUUUUGUUCUUGUUUUUCAUUUUUUGGUUGCACACUAUACAUAAUAAAAUAUAAUUUAACUUGGUUUAGUUUAGUUUAGUUUAGUUUAUAAAUAUUCAUUGAUUAUAACUUUUUUUCCUUUUUUUGUUCUAUUUUGUUUUCCACUGAUAAUUCAUUAGAAGGAUUAUCAGUGUGAGAACGGGGCACCAAGUCAG